AUGCCACCACGAUUGAGCCUGCGGUCCGUCGCAGGCCGCAGUUCAAUUCCAUUGCGAAGAGUCACCGCGAAUCCAUCAUCCUCGGUCUGCCUGUUCUGCUCCCUUGCGGCCCGUCCCAACUCGCCGACGCCUCGAAGGACGCGGCGCAAAUCUCUGGUCGCGCGUCGGAACCAGUCCACCACCACCUCCAGCCAGCCGUCAAAUCCGCGAAAAGAGCUCCAGGACGCCCUCCAGGAGCUCCAAAAGCAUGCCACCAAUUACAUAAACCUGUCGCGGGUGCAAUUGGCCCUCAACGCCCUGCGGCAGGAAGCCGGCGACGAGACGGUUAGAGUCGCCAUCCUCGGGCUCACAAAUGGAUCUGAGUCGGGACUCACGGCCAAGGAGGUGUUGCGGCUGCUGCUAGCAGAUCCGCUGUCACCGGAGCAGGAUUGGGAGAGGGAAUUGAUGGCCCACGACGCGAGGCAGCCGCUGAUUGUCCGGGUUGGGACAGACCACGAAGACGGUGCCCAGGGCGCUGGUGAAGGGACGAUGACGUACGCGAGGGGCGGUUUGUUGAGGGAGAUGAGCGUCUCCUCGCCCGGGCUCAACGGCAAGAAGCUCGAGAUCCUGCUCACCGAGACCAACCCGCUCGCCGACUCGACCGGAGAAGCGUUCCAGAACUUCGAGGAGAGCGCGCUGGUGCCGACGGUGGACAUUCCUGCCUCGAAUACCGGGAGAUUUACGCCUGUCACGACACCUGUACACAAAGCUCUGCUAGUCACGGAUGGGAUACUAGGGGCCGCCUCGCUGGCCAAUCUGCCCUUGCUUUCUGGCAAGGGCGCAAUAACGGGUGCGGUGAACACGCCAGGGUACACACCAGCAGACCCCUCGGCUUUACCUUUCGCUACGAUCGACGUCACGGCAGCCGCUCAAGGCUUGAAUGCCCUACGCCAGAGCGUAGACAAGGGUUUCGAGUACGAGAAGCUAUGGUUCAAAAGUAACAUGCCUUCUAUCACGACCUGGCUAAAGUCCGGAGUCACAACAUCGGGAGACGGCGCCACGAAAGACGCUAUCCGAGAGUCGAUCGCCUCUGUCCUGCUGAACACCCGCGCCACAAUACAGCAGGAGGAGGCCCAGCGACUAUCCUCCGCGCUCUCCAACCAGACCUCGUCCACCACCGUCCCCACACUGAAUGCUGCGCUAUCAGAAUGGGCCGAGAAGUCCCAUGCGGAACUACAAGAGCAGCUGGAUCAGGCAUUCACGGGCAGCCGGUGGCGCAAGCUGAACUGGUGGAAACUCUUCUGGCGCGUCGACGACGUCGGCACGCUGUCGUCCGAGAUGCUCUCGCAGAGGUUCCUACCCGGCGCGGAGCGGAACGUCAUCUUCCUCGCUGGCAAGAUCGAGGGGUCCGGCGUGUUCGGCACCGAGGCUCGCAGCAAGGCGCCCUACUCAGCGCCGACGCUUGCUACCACCGCAAAGGCCACCGAGGCGGCGGUCGACCCAUCGCAGGAGCUGCCGCUGGCCAAGAAGAGUUUGCCCGGGACCAAGUGGCCUGCUCACAUCACAUAUACUCGCAACUACCUGCAGUCCGAGACCGUACCGGCCUUGCAGGCCCUCGCGCAGAGCCUCGUCUUCCAGUCGGCCGGCUUCUCGACGCUCACCACCUCACUCGGUGCGCUCAUGUACCUGUCCACCUUCGGAGCAUCCGAGUCCGGCGCGGUGGCGGCCCUAGGCAUCGUGUGGAGCCUACGCCGCCUGCAGAAGAAGUGGGAGUCGGCGAGGGAGUACUGGCAGAGCGAGGUGAGGGAGGAAGGGCGCAAGGCUGUGCGGGCGGUUGAGAUCAGUGUUGGCGAGACGCUUGACAAAGCCGUCAGGGACGGCAGUGCUGCCAACAAGGACGCCUUGCUCGCUGAGCUGAGGCAGGCCAGAGAGCUUGUGCGGAAGGCUGAGGACGCGCUCGCGAAGUUGAAGUAA